AUGGGCAUAGACGAUGAGAACGUCGUGAUGGAUGCAGCUUCCCUGAGCAGGACGAACGUCAUGAAGCGACGUUCCGCCGUUGACGCCGCGUCGGGUCGUCCGUUCAGCCCACGCAACCCUGCCACACAGCGCCCUCGCGCUCAUCCCCUCGACGGUUCACAUCCACCCCUUCCUCGUGCUGCGUCGCCGCCAAAACCCAGCGCACGCUCACCCCUAUGCACGCUCGCGCCCAGAAUCCUCGUGCUCGUGCUCUCUGCUGUCGAUGUUCCCGCUGUCGAAGUCACCAUCUUCAACGGUGUCGACGCCAACCCCUUCGACAUCACUAGUAGUAUUACCGACACUUUUGAGUCCACCGAUAUCCGAAACUACUGUGUUGCCAAUUAA